UCCACCACACAACAUAUAAAGUGUGGAAUCUGAAAUACCAGUGAACUCCCUGCUAAAACCCAGAAUAAUUGCUACACUCUGUAAUGGAGCCUCUGGGAGCAACAACUAUUUUCCUGGCAGUGUGCAUCUCUUGCCUUCUUUUCCUUUCAGCAUGGAUAAAGAUGUCUGGAAGUGGGAAGCUGCCACCUGGCCCUGUUGCUUUUCCCAUCAUAGGAAAUGCACUGCAGCUGAAUAUGAAGAACUUGUCCCAAUCAAUGUCUGAGCUCAGGGAAAAGUACGGCCCAAUUUUCACAAUAUAUUUGGGCUCAGAGCGGGUUGUGGUGCUGUAUGGACAGGAGGUUGUGAAGGAAGCACUGAUUGAUCAAGGGGACGAGUUCAGUGACAGAGGACGUAUGCCAGUAUUUGAAAGGAUGACCGACAAAAAAGGUAUUGCUAUGGGCAGUGGGGAGCCGUGGAAGCAGCUACGCAGAUUUACCCUCACCACCUUGAGGGAUUUGGGGAUGGGGAAGAAGAGUAUUGAAGAGCGAAUCCUGGAGGAAGCCCAUUUCCUGAUGGAAAGGCUCAAAAAUACUCACGGGCGGCCCUUUGAUCCCACCCUCUUCCUUAACCAUGCCACCUCCAAUGUCAUCUGCUCGAUCGUCUUUGGGGACCGGUUUGACUAUGAAGAUAAGAAGUUUGUGACUUUAAUAAAUCUCAUAGAUGAAAUUAACAAGCUCCAGUGCUCUCCCUGGACAGUGCUGUACAAUUUUUUCCCGACUCUCAUGCAUUACAUCCCUGGGCCUCACCAGAGAACCUUUAAACAUUUUGAGGAGUUGAGAAAGUUUGUUCUGGAGAGAGUGGAGAUGCACAGAGAGUCCCUGGAGCCCAGCUGCCCUCGAGACUUCAUCGAUGCUUUCCUCAUCAAAUUAAAACAAGAGCAACAUAACAGCCAGUCGGAAUUUACCACUGACAGCUUGUUAAGAAGAACAUUAGGCUUAUUCUUUGCUGGAACAGGAACAACCAGUGACACCCUGAAACAGGGACUCAAGCUUCUUAUGAAAUACCCAGAAAUCGAAGAGAAGGUUCAUGUAGAGAUUGACCGUGUGAUCGGCCGAAGCCGAAGCCCCUGCAUGGCGGAUCGAAGCCAGAUGCCCUACACAGAUGCUGUUGUACAUGAGAUCCAGAGAUUCAUCUCUCUUGCCCCUCUUGGUGUCCCACGUGCUGUGAUUAGAGACACUCGUUUCAGACAAUACAUUAUCCCCAAGGGCACCACUAUAUUCCCUGUGCUGCAGUCAGUCCUAUAUGACAGCAAGGAAUUUCCAAACCCAGAGCAAUUUAACCCAGGGCAUUUCUUGGAUGAAAAUGGUGCCUUCAAGAAGAGUGACUUCUUCAUGCCUUUUUCUAUAGGGAAACGGAGUUGCUUGGGAGAGGCUCUGGCUCGGAUGGAGCUAUUUUUGCUACUGACAACGAUUUUGCAGAACUUUACCUUGAAGUCUCCCAUUGACCCCAAAGAUAUUGAUAUAACUCCGACGAGUUUCACCUCAAAUAUCCCAGUGUCCUACCAGCUCAUUGUUAUUCCUCGGUAAAUACCUUGAAAAGUCACCUCCACUUCCUGAGGUGAUUAAUUUGAUUGU